AUGGAGCAGAUUCAGCAGGAGCAAGCUGCCUUCAAAGAAGAGUUGGACUCCAUCAAAGGAAAGAUUGACCAGAUCCUCGAAGCCAUCCUCACGGCCAGAAGAGAGGAAGAACAGUGUGAAGCCGCUGCUGUCGUCAACAACAAUGGUCAAGGACAAGGGUCUACUGCCAUCCCUUUGGUUCCAAUUCCAAAUCCUCAUGGGAUGCCGUUGAACUUCAAUAACGCAGCCCAAGGAAACACUUCUCAGCCAAUCCCAGCGCCUGGAGUUACUGUUGGAGCUAUCCCGCAGGCUCAGCCUACUGUCGUGCAGAUCCAAGCUCCCCAUACUGAAGAUACUCUGAUGGAUCAUUACGACGACGUUCAGAACUAUCAUGCUGCUAUCCCCAUUUCCAGUCCUGUUGCCGCUCAGGAUUCAGAAGCUAUGAAGAUGUGUCGAGACCUAGCUGAGAAGUUUCGAGUUAUGGAGGGGAACAAUUCAAACCCUCUCAGUACCUUAGAAAUGUGCUUGGUGUCUGAUGUCGUCAUCCCUCCCAUGUUCAAGGUACCCAAAUUUUCGAAGUACAAAGGUCUCAGUUUCCCAAAUAUUCAUCUAAAGAUGUACUGUCGCAAGAUGGCUUCCUAUGCCAGAGAUGAAAAGCUUAUGAUUCAUUGCUUCCAAGACAGUUUGUCUGGGGCAUCACUCGAAUGGUAUAUGCAGUUGGAACGUAAUAGUGUGCGCACUUGGGCUGAGCUAGCCGAUGCAUUUGUCAAGCAGUACAAAUACAACACUGAUCUUGCUCCGAAUCGUACUCAACUUCAGAGUAUGACUCAGAAGGACAGCGAAUCCUUCAAGGAGUACGCGCAAUGA